ACUACGAGCUGACCUGAAUCGAGCAGUGUUUGUGCUGUUGCAGCUUCACAAGGGAUCUCGCUUGUGUGAAUAAUUUCUAAAUAAAUCGUGUUCAUUCCUCGCGAAAUAUAAAUAAUAAGAUCGCAGGAUCUUUAAAAAGGAAUUCAAGGAUCCUAGAAGAAACAUUCGCUGAAACAUCGUCCGAUUUAUCGUGCGCGUUGUCGAGCUGACACGUAAGCAACAAGGUUUCUCAUUGACGUACAAAGUACUCCAGGCGAAAGGAUGAGCAAGCAGCACACGAGGAGUGAGGUUGCCAACAGCAACGACAAGGAUAAGACUCUGAUAAUCCUGCACGACAAGGUGUACGACGUAAAGAGCUUCUUGAACGAGCAUCCUGGCGGAGAAGAGAUCCUGUUGGAACACCAGGGUAAGGAUGCUUCCGAGGAUUUCGACGAUGUGGGCCACUCGAAGGACGCGUUCGACUUGAUGAAGAAAUACCAGGUCGGCGAGUUGGUCGAGUCGGAAAGGUCGAAUACGACCCCGAAGCUAAGUUGGGGAUCACCGGACACCUUGAAAUCGGACAACCAGGAUCAAGGAAUGUCUUCGUUGGUGGCGGUUGCCUUUUUCGUCGUCCUCGCUGCUCUCGCCUACUACGUUUAUUUCUAAUUAACCCUUUCGCUGCCAUCACGCGCCAUUAUCAAUGCCAAACGUUCGCUGGUGAUAUCGCGAGCACAGCAGCAGAACUUAGAGUAUAAUUUAAGCGAGAACAGGCAAAUGUGCGAAGAAACUUAGUUGUAUGCGAUCGAUACCUGAUUGAUUGAUUUACUUCUCCCUUUAUGUGGUUCCUUCUAACUUUCCAGGAAUAUUUUAAGAUAUUUGUAAAAUAAGAGAUGCGUUCUUGCACGUUGAUGUGAUUGAUAUUGUAUCGAGGAAGAGAUAUAGCUAGAAAUUAGCGAUUCUUCUCUAUGUAAUGACUGCGUCAGACGUUUUUAAGUCGUAUGCGAUGUUUUAGCGAAAUAAAUGCACUUUUUACGUUUACGUUUGAGAGUUGAUGAGAUGAAAGCUAAAAUUCGCGGUACAUUAAGAUUUGUAAGAAGAAGUCAAAACAGAAUUUGCGUAAAAAGAAAUAAUUUUGCAUUUUUUCGUCUGGCUUCAGCCAAGACUGGUAGAAAGGAAAACCACGAUUCCAUUCAUCGUGACUGACCCGGGAGGAUAAAACGAAAUUCGCGAUUGAACCACGGAUUCCUCUCGAGCGGUCUUAAUCGUUAAAUCGGUCGAUUCCAAGCAGACUGUCAAGAAGAAACAUCCCGUCGGGCAUUUGCAUUCGAAUGGCUCCUAUUACAAAAGCCUCGUUACAGGUUUUCAAUGAGCGGAAGAACCGAGAAAGCGACGAGAUACGAUCGAUAGAAUUCUCCUUUGCUUAGAAGUUCUAUCGGUGAAUACUCAACUUCAUAUUACUCGUGAAAAUUCAUGAUCCUUAACGCGGCAUUCAAGUAUUAAAGAAAAUUCUCCAGUCAUAGUUUUUAAUUAUAAUUAUCGUCAAUUUCAUUCGCAAAAAGUAUCAAUCACCUGAUGAAAUCAAGCCAUCAUUCUGACCUGUUUGUCUUCGCGAAACCGGAAGAGACCAGUACACAUGGCAAUAAGUAAUUCAAUUUCCGGUGGAUCGUGAACGUAAACAGGUUCGAUCAAUUCCCUUUUACUUUAUCUGAGAAAAGGCAACGGGGUGAGUCUCGGACAAGAAGUAAGGAUAAUUGAGAAACGAGAAAAGCGGCUUCAUCGUGUCUCGAAAACGUGGGUAUAAUCGAUCGGGGAUGUUGUAUCGACCCUCUCUCGAUUGCAGAAUGUUUAAUAAUGCUUUUUAACCCUUUGUCACGUGACGAAUCCAUCGUUCGUCUUCGAGGAGUAUCUCUGGCUCGAUUGUUGUUAAUCGAACGGUUGACAUCGAUUCCAGGGUAAAAUACACGACUCUCGUCCCGUGCAGCUCGUUUGCACACGAAAGGAAAGUAUCGAAAAACCUUACUUGGACAUUUGUUGCUUUUCCAGACAGGAUUCGUUAUUCUAUCUCGCGUCGAGAGGGUAAGACUUUAACCCUUUGCAUUGCGAUCUAUUCUUAUCGUUAAAUAAGAAUGUUAACAUUAAAAUAGGUAAUCGAAUUUUUUCAUGAUUUCUUCAUAAACAAAAUAACACAUUCUUCCAUGAAUCUAAUGAAAAAUGAGAUUGAUCAGAAUUAAGGAUAUCGAGAAGAUAAUAUCAUAAGUACGAUUUCACGCUACUUUUACUUCAUGAAAUGUGUAGGUGCGAUUAAAUAGCUAUCAAAGAAUGAAA